UCUGGCAGUAGGGGAGUACGCGGAAACCAAAUAGUUCGUGUGCGCUGCUUUUGUGUACCUCUGAGCUCCCGCGUUUAACUAUAGAGUGUGAGAGGGGAUUUAUUAACACAGAGCGGGACUACAUGCCGGUGAGAGUUUCAACUUGGUCUGGCAGGCUAGCGCACGUAAACACGCUCUCCCCCUGUCAGUUCGACGUCAGGUGAGGCUUCGCGAUAUUGACUGGACGAUUAUUUUCAACUUUUCAUUAGAAUCGUGAAAAAAAGAAGCCCGUCGUGAGCAAGAGACAUCUUUGGGAAGCGACAGAGAAGCCAGAGGUAUGGCGGCGACUUUACCCAGAACCCUCGGGGAGUUGCAGCUCUACCGUAUUCUGCAGAGGGCCAACCUGCUGUGCUACUAUGACGCCUUCAUCCAGCAGGGCGGCGACGACGUACAGCAGCUGUGCGAGGCUGGUGAGGACGAGUUCCUGGAGAUCAUGGCGCUGGUGGGCAUGGCCAGCAAGCCCCUGCAUGUCAGACGCCUGCAGAAGGCCCUGCGAGACUGGGUCACCAACCCGGCCCUCUUCAACCAGCCACUGACCUCACUGCCCGUCUGCAGCAUCCCCGUCUACAAGCUGCCCGAGGGCUCGCCCACACUGCUGCCUGGAAGCGGUGCCCGAGGAGAGACGCACGUCAAGGUGCCUAAAUGCGUGGCGGCUGCCUGUGUGGAUCCGGGCAAGGGUGAGGCAGGCAACGGCAGCUCGUCAGCCACCGUAUCGCCACUGCAGAGUGGCAGCGAGCCUCGCUUCUGGGCCGGCCAUGGCACAGAGAGUGAGCACAGCCUGUCUCCUGCUGACCUUGGCUCACCCUCGUCCCCGCGCGAUGCGCUGGAGGCGCUGGACGCUGCCGCCGUGCAGUCCGUAACAGAGUGUGUGGAGCGGAUAGCGCAGGCUCUGCCCAAGAGCGACCCCGCUGAGGUCAAAGAGCAGCUCAAGGGCAACAAGAAGCUGGCCAAGAUGAUCAGCCACAUCUUUGACAUGAACGAAGAGGACCCACACAGGGAGGAGGAGAUCCGCAAGUACAGCGCCAUCUAUGGCCGAUUCGACUCCAAGAGGAAAGAUGGCAAACAUCUCACGCUACAUGAGUUGACGGUAAAUGAGGCCGCAGCACAGCUGUGUAUGAAGGACGUGGCACUGCUAACACGCAGAGACGAAUUAUUCGGACUCGCCCGUCAGGUGUCCAGAGAGGUCACCUACAAGUACACCUAUAGAACCAGCAAAUCUCGGUGUGGUGACAGAGAUGAGCCCUCUCCAAAGAGGAUUAAAACAGAGGAAGGAUUCUUUGACCUGCAGGAGGCACUGCAAGCAAUCCACAUGCGUCAGGAGACACUCAGAGAGCAGCUGGCCCAAGCUAGAUCCAAAGGAGAAGAGACAGUUUCGCGAAACAUCCAGGCUCAGCUGGAGCGUCUGCUGGCCAAGCAGAUGGAGAUCCUGCAUGAUGCGGCAACACAGGACCGUCUGCAGACCCUGGAGUGGAGGGUGCCAACCCUCAAGCACAGCGCAGAGAGACAGAGUGCCAACGGUGUGUCCAGCAGCAGUGAGAAAGCAGCUGAGCAGCAUGGUGAGAGGCCACUGAACCUGCGGGUGACAGGUCAGAGGUCAGGGAUGUCAGAGGGAGAUACGCCACUGGGAAAACAGCUGGCCAAUGAGCUGAAGAGACAUCAUCAUCAAGCUAAUGCUGAGAGCAAGGCAGCAGCUGCCACAGAAAACGGUGGUGGAGCAGACACAACUCUGCGUGCCCUCAAUCUGUCAGAAAAGAAGACCAUCAAAUCAGAACCUGAAGAUUCCAGAUAGCAGACCAGAAGUUAUUUCUUUGGAUUCCGUAAUGAACUCUGUUGUCUGUCAGUUGAAUACUAAAAGGAGCACAACUACAGUAGAGCCUUAAUAACCGAUGUUGCCUCAAAAUAGAUUUUCUUUUCUUUAGUUCAAACCUUUUGUUUUGCCAAAGCACCUAGAGCCCUUAUUUUCACCCCAGAUAGACUCACAGAAUGUGUGUUGUCACUGACUGUACACGCAAACUGCUUCUCUCACUCGCUCCCUGUCUUUUCCUCACUCGCUUUUUUUUUUUAAACUCAUUUUCUCUCACUUUCUGAUUGGCAUGGACCACAGUGUCCGCUACUUGUACAUACAUUUGUUCAUACAUGGAAAAUGUUAAGAUGAUGUUAUUUAAAUACAGUUUGUGUGAUGUGUAUAUAUGAAUGCAUGUCAAAUAUUAUUGUUCCAUUGAAAACGAGGGUGGCAGUUUUUGCAAGAACACAGCAACUUGCUGUUAUUCAUUCCAAUGAUCCCUUUUGUGGAAUUUCACUGUAAAGGACCUUAACUACUCUAGUUCAAUGCAUCUUCUGUCAGAGGCCACUAUAGCAACUGAAAUUAUCUGGUUUUAUGUCUUUGGUGCUAUGGUUGAGUUGACCCACACAGAAGAAGUAUAAUGCUUAAAAUAAAAUAUGUUAGCUUUACACAAACAUAAAAGUAGUGAAAACCUUUACAGCUUUCGCAUCUGUCUGUAAUGCAGUGUAAUAUUUAAUUAUUGUAGUCAACAAUAAGCACAAGCAUCCAGCUGAUUGACUACUUUGCUAGGGGUGUUUUAAAAAAAAAACAAAACAGUAACAAUAUUCCCAUCUUGUGCGCAGCUAACAAAUAGUUGUGUAAAUACUUUUUAUAAUAAUAAAUAGUAUUAAUGUUUAUUUUAUUGCCCCCCACCCUAAAAACCUUUCUGCUUAUGAAACAAACAUUCAGUAGAGAGACAUGUUUACUUUUACAGUGUUUUGACUAUUAAUCUUUUCAAAACUUCAAGGUGUUUUGCAGCUUGUUAGCUCACAUAGUUGCCAUAUGUGCAAAAUGUUCCAAGGACAUAAAAAAAGAGGAACAGAAUCUUUUUAGGACUGAAACUUCAGGGCGGCAUCACCGCAUCAUCCAAACCGUCGUCUUACAUAAUCUAUUAUAAAACGUAAUACCAAGUAUCUAGUAGUAGAGCAAUACCGAAUAGCUGUUGUUACUAAACCCAGUGAAAGUGUCUAGUUGUCCCAGUCCUUGGGCUGUUUACUGUACAGUACUGUAUUUGUACUCUGUGUUUAGUAGUGUAAAAAUAGUCUUAGAUUCAGCUGAUGUACAAAUGUUUGUCACUGAUAUGCACUAGUGUUUUAUUCUAAAUGUGUUUUUACAAUUUGCAUCCUUACUUAACAUUUCCCGUGUUUUUCCAAUGGUGAAACCUUUUAUUUUCUGUUAGAGGUUGUACUGUGUGAAUCGGCUGAAUGCCCUUCAUUUUGCCUUUAGUACCAUUCUUUAUGUAGUUUCCAGCUCCCACGUGACGUGCAGUAGAAACAAACAAACAAUCAGGUUUCCCACAGUCAUAUGGGUAUGUAACGUGGUGUCAAGCUAACAUAUGAGCUGUGUUUGUGUUGUUGAUGAAUACCUCUGUGAGAACAACCGAUUGAUCCUCACGUCCAAAUCCUACACUUCAGUGUUUUGAAGGGCAAAGUGGAGAAGUUGUCUGUACUCUUAUUUUUGUAUGAUUCCUUUCAGAAACUGAAGACCUAAGUAUGCAAAAUCUUUGUUAAUUUAAGUGCCAUUUUAAAUAUAGUUUUUAAAUAUGUGGUAAGCCUGAUUUGUCAGAGGAUGAUACAGCUCUGCAAAUGGUUAAUGGCAAAAGGUUACAAUUGUAAAUUAUUAAAGUUUUAAUUAUUGUGUAAUUUACCUGCAUUUUGAUAUUAUUAAGGUGUUUUAAUGUUUCAACUGGUUUUGCCUUAGUUUAACAACAUUCCAUGGGUCAAGUGUAAUAGUAACUCAAUGCUGAUCUAGGAUUAGUUUUGCGAUUAAUGACAUGACUAUCAUGGUGUAGACAGCAGUUAGCUGAUCCUGGAUCAGUAUUCUUACAGAGAGAUGCUUGAUACAUAUGGGCCCAGCAUAAAAUCUUCAUAAAGCUGAGCCUGCUUUCCCAGCAGUGGUAGCUUCUUCUUCUUCUUCUUCUUCUUCUUCUUCUUCUCUCUCUCUCUCUCUCUCUCUCUCUCUCUCUCUCUCUCUCUCUCUCUCUCUCUCUCUCUGUGUUUUUUCAUUAAUGAAAUGUGACAAACCUGGUGGUUUUGUGUAAACUGUGAGGCAUAUGUCAGAUUUUCGGAUUUCAGAGCACUAGAGACAUUUUCCUAGUUUGGGGGAAAGAACAGUUUUGAUCAGAUUGGUUAUCACUGACACCAACAUGCAAUGACCUAUAUGUCAGAACAUAUCUAGACUCCUACAUUUGUCCCUUGCUUGUUUCUGUCAUUUAAGACAAUGAUCUCUUUAAUCUUUGUUUGUGCUUUGUAGAAUAGAAUAAUGCAUUUUGGACUGUGGGAUGAAACGGUGUUUCAAUAGGCUUUGUUCUCAUCACUGUCUGAGUAAAGAAUACAUUAUUAGGAUAUGCAGUAGUCAUGCACCUCUUGUUUUGUAAACACUAAUAUAUUUAAUUUGUUAUACAGCACACAAACAUUAAACUCUAUUUUUUUGA